AUGCUGACUUGGCCUUUGUCUCCCUCAGACGCCGCCGACGACGACGGCACGACGGAGGCGCCCGGCAGCCCCUCCGGCCGCGGUACGCACGAGCCCCAUAGCGCCGUGCAGGCCGCAGCCGACUCGACGGAGCAGGCGGCCGCCAGCCUCACGGCGCCCGAGGAGGACAUGGAGGCCCUGGAGGUGGACGACUGCACGGAGGAGGACCUGGAGGCGACGGGGCGCAAGCGCAAGCGGAGGAUCCUGUUCAGUAAGGCGCAGACCUACGAGCUGGAGCGCCGCUUCCGCCAGCAGCGCUACCUGUCGGCGCCGGAGCGCGAGCACCUGGCGUCGCUGCUGGACCUCACGCCCACGCAGAUCAAGAUCUGGUUCCAGAACCACCGCUACAAGACCAAGAAGAUGAUCCGCGAGCGCGGGCUGGACGGGCCGCUGCCGCCGCUCGGCUCCUCGCUCGGCUCCUUCUCGCAGUCGCUGCGCUGCCUGGCGCCUAUGACGGGCCUCGGCCGCGGCGACGCCACCAUCACCUCUCCGGCGCACAGGCUGCCCGACUACCUCCUGCCGGGGGACAGGCUGCCCGGCCUCGAGUGCCACGCGCCGCCGCUGCUGCCCCUCGGCCUGCCGCCCGCGCAGUUCCCCGGCCUCCUGCCCUUCCUGCCCGUGUGCCCGUUCCCGCCGCCCGCCCUGCCCGCCUCGCCGCUGCUCGCCCAGGCCUCCAGCCCCCUGCGGACGUCGCUCGCCUCCUCGCUCUCCUCGCCCGCCACCUCGCUCGCCUCCACCACGUCGCCCUUCGUGCCUCCGGCCCCCACGUCCGCCGCGGAGGCCUCCCCCGUCUGCUCCUCCUCCAGAAGCGUCGGCGCGGCGCAGGAGGUGAACAGAGUGCUGUCACUGCCGCGGCCCAACUCCCUCAGGCUGGAGGGCGUGUGCUGGAAGGGGGGGGGGAGGGCUGAAAUUCGAGAUCCUGAAACCCAGCCAACCUCCCGCCUACGCCUCCGCCCACGCCCUCGCUCACUACCCCAGAACACACCUGCCUCUUGCGGUAGAGACAGCGAAAAAUAAGUGUUCAUCCAGUGACAGACGUCCUUUGUGUUUUCAGUGACCUUAGCCGGGUCAUGAGGUCAAACAAGGUCAAUCCUAGGUCACGGCUGUGUUGUUCAGUGCCCGGCGUGAUUCCAGUGACGAUAUGUGAAAUAUUAAGAGAGAAAAACACACCCCAUAUUUUGCAUAUAUAUUAGAAAUUCAGGAAAAAAAAACUACACGAUAUUUUGCAGCUUUACCGGCAAAAUGUGGAUUUCCAAUAUUGAUCAAAUAUUGACAAUAAAAGGAUUCAAUAAAAUAAAACAAAAAGAUAUCUAAACAUUUACUAACACUCGUGGAAACAAACAAGCAAAAAAGUCAGUAUUUGCUAUGUAUGGGGAAAAUAUAUUCCCAAUAUCUGUCAAACAAUGAAGAUAUAAAGAAAACAACUGCGAAAUAAAGCAACAGUUGUAAAUUAAAACAAUUGUAAAUGAAAAACCAACAGUUGUACAUUAAACCGACAGUUAUAAAUGAAAAAAAUCAGUCAUAAAUGAAACAGUUGUGGAUCAAACCAGCAGUUGUAAAUCAAAAACAACAGAUGUGACAUUAACCAACAGUUAUAAAUGUAACCAACAAUUAUGAAUCAAAACAACAAUCGUAAAUGAAAACAGCAAUUAUGAAUGAAAACAACAAUUGUGAAUGAACAUAACAGUUGUGAAUGGAAACAACAGUUGUAAAUUUGUGAUGAAAAAGGCACAGUGGA